AUGGCGAUCAACGAGGACACUGGGUUGGUUGACGUUAGAGCUCAAAUACCGUUGGUUGACCAAAACUCGAGGUUAGCCGAAGAAGUGAGAAUGUUAAAACAACACAUAGCAAACAUGUAUCGGGCUUGGAUGAUUGGUCAGGCACCUCCUCCACCGCCUCCUGGCUUCCCCGAUAUUUUCCCUAAUGUGCCGACCUCAACCCGAGCUCCACUUACUGUGCCUGGUGAUCCAUCUAACAGUGGGCCCAUGUUCAAAACCCCUAAUGCUCAACCCUAUACUCCAGAACCAACUUUAAAUGUCUCUAAUCCAUAUGGUUAUAACCCUCACCUUGAGCUUCCCGUUAACACUAAAGAACUUGAUAAGACCGUGGAUGAUGAGGAAAUGACUAGAAAGAUGAAAAGCUUGGAGCAAUCCAUAAGAAACUUGCAAGGUCAGGAAGGUCAUAAGAGUGUUUCAUACAAAGACUUGUGCAUGUUUCCUAAUGUUCACUUGCCCUCUGGUUUUAAGACUCCAAAGUUUGACAAGUAUGAUGGGCAUGGUGAUCCUGUGGCCCAUUUGAAGAGGUAUUGCAAUCAAUUGAGAGGAGCUGGAGGUAAGGACGAAAUGCUUAUGGCCUACUUUAGUGACAGCUUAACAGGAAUAGCCUCGGAUUGGUUCACUGAUCAGGACGUCAUUAAGUGGCAUAUUUGGGAUGACAUGGCUCAAGAGUUUGUGCGACAAUUUCAGUAUAAUAUAGACAUUACUCCAGAUAAAAUGUCCAUGACCAAGGUGCAGAAGAAAUCUACAGAAAGUUUUAGGGAAUUCGCCAUUAGGUGGAGAGAGCAGGCUGCUAGAGUAAAGCCUCCAAUGACAGAAGGUGAGGUGGUGGAUACUUUUCUCCAAGCCCAAACUGAAGAAUACUAUCAACACAUGCUCCAGUACUGGGCAAACCGUUCACUGAGGAAGCUGAGCGACAUGAGGGAAAAUGAUGAUGUAUCCAUGAUUAUACCAGAAGCGCGACGAGGUGUGAGCGGUCCAUCUCGCUCAUAUACCCAGCCACAACCUCAAGUCUAUUCCCAAACUCCAUACACUCAACCUCAGCAUUACUUUCCUCCACAAGACCCUCAAUAUUCCAUGUCACCUCUCCAGUACUUUGCCUGUGGUGCACAGCCAUAUGUUCAACCAUAUCCUUACCAACAAUGGUGUGCACCAGCUCCACAGGGUUCUUACCCCCCACAAGCAUAUCGACCUCGUACCAGCUCUAACUUUCGACCUAGGCCAGAAUACAAGAAAGAGAGACAACAGAGAAGGGAGGCCUCUGGAAAACUUCCCGGGCUAUCAGUCUCAGUUCCAGAAGUUGAUAAGGAUGAAUUGGUUAAAGGGACCCAGAACUUGUUUGCUGAGAAUAAUUUGAUUCAAACUGAUAAUGGUUCUAGUAAUGCUUAUGUGAAACUUAGUGGCUAA